AUCCAGCAGCUCAGCAGGCAUAACUCAUACAGAGCCACAGGGACCGGCUAGUCUGACAGCAACUCAUAGAGCGCCCUGACAGCAACUGUGCCAGCAGUGCUCCAGACACUCACAGCCAGCACCCUGCAAGACAGCCGUGCUACAGCCACCCCCAGCCAGCACCCUGCAGGACAGCCACCCCCAGCCAGCACCCUGCAGGACAGCCACCCUCAACCAGCACCCUGCAAGACAGCCACUCUAAGCCAGCACCCCAGCCCUCACAUGAGUGCCCUGUCCAUGAGCCUGGAGGCCCGCUGUGUGUCCCCAUAUGCCGCCUGGUGUAUGGAGUCUGCCAACUUCUACGAGCAGCGCCUGAGCGGCUCCCCUGCCCCCUGCAAGCCCAGGGCCAUGUGCGAGGAGCCCGAGCACCCGGUGACCAGCAGCAGUAACCUGGCGGAGCUCAGCUCAGCACCCGCCAUCUACGAUGAUGAGAGUGCCAUCGACUUCAGCUCUUACAUUGACUCCAUGUCCUCCGUGCCCAACCUGGAGCUGUGCAACGACGAACUGUUUGCUGACCUGUUUAACAGCAACCACAAGGCUGGGGAGAGGGCAGAGAGCGCCCAGGACUAUCUGAACGGGCUACUGGCUACCCCCUACCAGGGCAACAACAAGACCCACUUACAGCAGCUGAAGCAGGAACCUGAAUGGAGUGACAGUGACAUGUCCUCCUCCCUGCCAUGCCAGAUUGCCACCUGUGCCCAGACCAGCAUGAACCUCCAGCCCACACCGCCCACCUCCCCAGAGCCAUGCAGCUCCACCAGCUCAGCAUGCCCGUCCCCUGCCUCCACCGCGGGCACAGCCUGCACCAAGGACCGGUCCGGGAAGAAGUGUGUGGACCGGUACAGCCCGGAGUACCGGCAGAGGAGGGAGAGGAACAACAUCGCCGUGCGUAAAAGCCGAGACAAGGCGAAGAAGCGCAACAUUGACAUGCAGCAGAAAUUGCUGGAGCUCUCCUCUGAGAACGAGAAGCUCCACAAGAGGAUAGACCUCCUCACCAGGGACCUGACAAACCUCAGGCACUUCUUUAAACAGCUGCCCCCCACAGCCACAUCUGGCACUUACCUCUCCAACAUGGGCAGCAUUGAUUGCCGGUAACUGUGCCAGCCAGGCCAAGCCAAGGACUAUCAUAACUUAUCAAUACCUCAUACCAUCUCCUUAACCUGAGAGAGGAGGGUCUGCACUCUGCCUGCACCCCAUGGACAAUGGACUCAUACCCCCUCAUCUUAAAAGACUGAGCCACAGACCUGUCACUUUGGUUUUUAUAUAUAUAUAUAUAUAAAUAUUAUUAUUAUUAUUUUAGUGCAAUAAGAAUCUACAACUGUGUUGCUAAUGCCAUGCUAAAAAGGGACAGUGUGGGUGUCUCUACAAACCUUUGUGUGCCAGGAGGGUGCCCAGUGCUUUGCUGUCCCGCUGACAUACAAAGGAUGACAUUUGUGUUGCUGAGGGUGGGUGACAGAUGGGAGUUUGCCCACAAAUCUGGUACUCAAGAUGUAAAAAGUGCAAUCUUAGACCAGCUCGUGCCUUGCACUGCACUUUUAUUACUAAUUACUCGAUUAGUCGUGCCUUGUCGAGCGGUCUGCAGUCACAUCUCAUUGCAGCCUUGGCUCACUGGUGAGAAACACGUGGGGGUGUGUACAAGAUGUGCAGUGGGACUGGCAGCCUCAGUCAUGCUGCCUUGUACACACCACAGCUACCAGCUAGCAGUAUCCCAAUUUGAUCAGCUAAAGGGAUUCUGCUACUGGCACAUCUCAUGAAUAUUUUUAUGGCCUUUCAGAUCAGGAAGCUUUUGAUCCCUACGUAUACUGCGUAUGGUCCUGCUAGUGCCUAUAAUGAAGCCCUGCAGAACAGCCAUCAGCUUAAAUACAUGGUUUGUGCCUUUAUGCAGGGGAAAGUCAGCUUCUGUUAUUCCAGCUGCAGUGGAAUACAAUUUACAGCAUGCUCAACCAUUUGCUGCAGAUGUAGCUGGCUGAGCAUGCUGUGAAUUGUAGAUCCACUGCUGUCAGAAUGUCAGAUGUGUUCUAUCCCUGCAAACCUGGACGUACUGUAUGGGAAAGUUAUGAUAUUGGGCAGUGCCAAACAGAAAUUGUGCUGGUCUUCAGUUUCUCUUUGUAUUUUUAUGAAUGUGUAGUUAAAUGACUGUGCUACCCCUAAAAAUAGAACUAUAAAUAUAUAUAUAUAUUUUCUUUCCACUAAUACUAUAAACGAAAAAGCUAAAACAUUUCCCUUUUCCUUAAAUUAUUUUUGUAAUGGUAGUUUUCUAUAUACUUUACCGAUGCAGCUAUUGAUGGUACAUUUUGUAAAAGUGAUUUUGCAGGAAAAUAAAACCCUUUGUAUUGUAGAUAUUAGGGAAACAGAAAAUGAGCAUGCUCAACUUUUUAUAUGAUAAUUUUUACAGCAUUUUUAAUAAUAAUAAAAAAACAAAAAUAUACAA